AUGCUGACAGAGGAGAGUAGUGCAAUCUUACAAAAGAAGCUGCCGCCUAAGCUGAAAGAUCCGGGGAGUUUCACUAUCCCUUGCGCUAUAGGAAAAUCUUAUUUUGAUAGAGCUUUAUGUGAUUUAGGGGCAAGUAUUAAUCUAAUGCCUCUCUCUGUUUUCAGGAAAUUGGGUCUUGGAGAAGUAAAGCCGACCACUAUCUCUUUACAAUUGGCGAAUAGAUCUAUUAAAUAUCCAAGAGGAGUCAUUAAAGACGUAUUAGUGAAAGUUGACAAGUUCAUCUUCCCGGCUGACUUCAUUGUCCUUGAUAUGGAUGAGGAUGAGGAGAUCCCUUUGAUAUUGGGUCGACCUUUCCUUGCGACGGGGAGAACCUUAAUUGAUGUCCAGCAAGAAAAACUUGUUUUGAGGGUCGGAGAGGAUGAGAUCACUUUUGAGGUAUUUAAGCCUAUGAAAUUUCCUUCCGAGACACAUUCUUCUUUUCAAAUAAGUGACCGAGACGUGAUCAUGGCAGAUGAGACUUGUGCAAUUGAUUUUCUAAAGUUACCACUUGUGGUAUGUCUUACUCGCUCUACACCUGAAAAAUUCAAUGAUGAAGAGCUUAAAGAGUGUGAAAGAUAUUUGGAGGCUACACCACUCUUUCCUCCUUCAAUGUAA